GACUUUUAGAAGGCUUUUUAAGACGUGGAACCUGUUGGUUGCCCCCAAGAGAGUAGUAAGGACUCCCAAUUGAAGAUGCUCCUAAAUAUCAUAUAUUAUUAUUUUUUUGACAAAAGGCUCUUAAAUAUCAUUGUAGUUUCUCUCGGAAGAAAAAAAAUAAUGGAUAUUAUAUUUGGGUUGUUCUUUUAUUAUUAAGUCAGUUGAAUCCGGAUGAUGGUUAUAUAUUCUAAUCAUCUCAUUAAAGAUCAUUCAACCGCCUGGUAUGGAUCCCUUGAUCAUUGAACCAUCAUACAAGAAGUUUUUGUCUGACUAUAUCUAUGAAGAGAAGAGAACAGUCCCAGUCUCCUUGCGUAUCAGACGAGGAGCCCGAUAGAGUUAGUAGUUUACCAGGCCAUGUAAUAGACCAUAUUCUCUCGAUUUUGCCAAUUAAGGAAGCAGCCAGAACAAGUAUUUUAUCUACCAACUGGAGGUACAAAUGGACCACACUUCCAAAUCUUGUGUUUGAUAAUGAAUGUCUCUCCGAAACUUCUAAAGACCUUUUAGUUAUCAAGAGCAAGCUUUCAAGAAUUAUUGAUCAUGUACUUUUACUCCGUUCUGGACCAAUCAAAAAGUUCAAGCUCUCUCGGGAUCACAUUGAUGUCACUGAUAUUGAUCGGUGGACUCUUUAUCUAACCAGAUGGCAGGUUAAAGAGUUUGUGUUAGAAAUCUGGAAAAACCCAGACCAACGCUAUAAAAUACCUUCAUGGUUAUUUUCUUGUCAAAGUUUGCAUCAUUUAGAAUUAUUAGAAUGCUGGCUUAUACCACCAUCAACAUUUCAAGGUUUCAAGAACUUGAAGAGUCUUGAUCUGCAAUAUGUUACAUUGACUAAAGAUGCUGUUGAAAACUUAAUAUCCAGCUGCCUUAUGCUUGAACGAUUGAUAUUGAUGGAGUGCGAUGGUUUCAAAAAUCUUAAUAUUCAUGCCCCAAAUCUCCAAUAUUUUCUCAUGGAGGGAAAAUUUGAGGAUAUUAGCUUUAAGAACACUUCUCAAUUAGCUGAUGUAUUCAUUAAUCUGUCAGAGAACUUUGAAAGCAAACAAGGUAGAUUGCAUGAACGCUCUAGCAAUUUGGUUGAAUUUUUUAUUCAUCUACCUCAUAUACGCAGCCUGGAGAUUCAGAACUAUUUUUUGAAGUAUUUGGCUUUAGGGGUUGUGCCAGUAGAGCUUCCUACCCGGUGCAUUGAUCUAAGUUAUAUUUCCAUAUGCAUAAACUUCAAUGAUUCAAAGGAGAUUUCAGCUGCUGUUUGCCUGUUCAGAAGCUUACCUAAUCUACGAGAAUUGGAAAUGGUGGCACGAUCUGAGGAGCAACCUGUCCAGAUGACACCCCGUGCCUAUUUGGAUCAGCCAAUCAUGCAAGUGAAGCAUGUGAGAAUAGUUGGUAUCUCUGGUAUCAAAUCUGAGUUAGACUUCAUCAGCUUUCUACUUCUAUCUUUUCUUGUGCUAGAAAAGAUGACUGUGAAACCUGCUUUAAACGUCGGACCGGAGUUGAUGAAAGAACUAUUGCGGAUGAGGAGAGCCUCGCGAGCUCAAGUUAUUUACCUAGACUAGGGAGCUCAAGUAAUGAUUUUUACUAAACUCUUUCCUACGUGUGUGGUAAGCUAGGGAGCUGCAUCCAUGUCUUCUUCAAAGUGUUUCUUUAUAUUGUCCUUGCAUAAAUAAUAUCAUUUGUCAUCUUAAGAUCGAUCUAGCAUAGCACAAUCGAUAAUACCAACAUUAUUAGGGUAGAUAUCUUUUAUGCUGUCUCGAUUUAAACUUGAAAUCUUCCGCAUUGUGUGCGUAUAAGUUUAUAGUAGUGUUGUCACUUUGCCAGCAAACCCAAAAAACAUACUCUUAAAUUAUGAUUUCCCAUUUUCUA